AUGGAUGCCAGCCAAAUGACGGRGAUGGAAUAUUUUGUCCAGGAAGAAUGGUGCUUGUGCUUAAGAGGUCGUAAAACAGCCAGGAAGCGAUCAAAGAAGUUGAUUGCAGGCAGAAGAGAAAAGGAAUUAGGAGCCAAAACAAUAAAGAUUUGCUGUGCAUCUUUCCAAGUACGUUUGCAAUUGGUAGAAGCCUUGUCUACAUCUGAAGAUGUACGGCUGGAAGACAAGACUGCUAGAAAAGAUGUUAACUCGCGUUCCUGUCCACCUAACAUUACUGAUAUCAUYACUCCAGAAAUUCCUAGCAAGAUUGUGCUCACAUCCCUUUGGAUGUCUUUAGUAAUAGUUGCAGUUCUUUGCAACGCUCUCAUCAUUCACGUUGUCAGAGUUAACCCCCACAUGCGCACAACGACCAACUACCUCAUCGUCAACAUGGCGCUUGGUGACAUACUAGCGAGCGUAACCACUUCCUUUGGAAUUCUCUAUCUUAUACACAACGGAUAUGAGUGGACAGGAAAUAAAAUAAUGGGAGAGUACAUAUUCUGCCCCUUGGGGUGUAAAUCGCAUUACUUCUUCAUGCUGUGCUCUAUGUACAGCCUGGUUGCCAUCACCUUCGAUCGAUUCAUGGCUGUUACUUACCCUCUCAAAUAUAAAAGCCAUUCUUCCUGGACAAAGUAUAUCAUACCCAUCAUUUGGGUGGCGUCCAUGGCAGUGCCAGCUCACUACAUCAUUACACAAGCCGUAUUUUGUCGAAUAGAAGGAAAGUUCUACUGCAUUUUGAUGCCAUCACAAGUCGAUGCCAUCUUGAUUUUUACCACUGGUUAUGGUCUGCCUCACAUCGUUACCGUGGUUCUAUAUAUGGCAAUUGCUUACAAGCUCUGGACAAGAAGGGUUCCUGGUGAGCAWGCWUCGGAAGACAAUGGCCAAACCGCUGCUCAGAAAGUUGCCAGAAAAGUCACUCGGAUGAUUAUUUGGAUCAUCGUUGCAUUUGAAAUAUCAUGGACUCCGAUUUUCAUUGGGUAUAUUCUUCCAGCACUUGUUGGUGGUGGCUACAGUGCAAAAGAUGCCACUAAAUUCAUUUGGUAUAAGAUGCUCAUGAUUUCAAAUGGGAUUUCCAAUUUCAUCAUUUAUGCCGCUUUCAAUGAAAACUUUCGUCGAGCUUUUAAAGAAACCCUUCGCUGCACAUCCCUAAGUGAGAUAUCUGCAAACAUGUCCAAAGCAAGGGCCAGACGACCACAAGCAUAA